CAUCUUUUCCAGAUCAGAUUUUCUCCAGUAGCUAAAAAGUUGUUUGUGGUAACUGCAGUGACUGCCGUAUCUGUAAUUUUUCUGGCCCAUCACUUUAAAAGAAGACGUGGAAAGAAGAAAGGAAAAAUAUUACCAUGGGAACCAGAGCACAUCAUACUUGAAUACACUAAAAGAGCAGCAUCAGACAAAGGUUCAAGUUGUUCCAGUAGUAGACAGAAUUUGACAUUAUCUUUAAGUUCUGUCAAAGACAAAGGAUCUCAGUCUUGUAACUAUGCUAAUGGAGGACUUUUCAGUAAAUACUCGGGUUCUGCACAGAGUUUGGCCUCUGUGCAGAGUGUCAAUUCUUGUCAUAGCUAUGCUUGUGGCAAUUCUAAUUCCUGGGACAAAGCAGAUGAAGAUGAUAUUAAACUUGUUAAUAUUCCUGUGACUACUCCUGAGAACUUAUACUUGAUGGGUAUGGAAUUAUUUGAAGAGGCUUUGCGUCGAUGGGAACAAGCUCUCACCUUUCGAAAUAGACAAGCUGAGGAUGAAGCCUGUAGUUCCAUUAAAUUGGGUGCAGGAGAUGCCAUUGCUGAAGAAAGUGUAGAUGACAUUAUUAGUACUGAAUUUAUCCAUAAACUUGAAUCUCUGCUGCAAAGAGCAUAUCGUCUCCAAGAGGAGUUUGAAGCUACGCUGGGGGCAUCUGAUCCUAAUUCUCUUGCUAAUGAUGUUGAUAAAGAUACGGAUAUCACUGUGAAGGGGAAUGUGGACGACUUUGGCCUGAGAGACACCUUGAGCAUUGCCUCAACUGAUUCCUUUGCUUCAGCAGCAGAGCUUGCAGAACACAGAGAAGUCCGGCAAUCUUACAGUCUGGAGUCUCUUUGCCACUGCCCUUUUUAUGAAGAAGCCAUGCAUUUAGUUGAAGAAGGAAAAAUUUACUCAAGAGUGCUUAGAACUGAAAUGCUGGAGUGCCUAGGAGACAGCGAUUUUCUUGCCAAACUUCACUGUAUACGACAGGCUUUUCAGGUUAUUCUCUCAGAAACAGCCAACAGGAUAUUCCUUGCUGAGAGUGGAAGGAAAAUUUUAUCAGCGUUAAUUGUGAAAGCACGAAAGAAUCCAAAGAAGUUUGAAGACGUUUUUGAUGAAAUGAUCUGUUUUUUAGAGCAGACCGAUCACUGGGAUAGUACUGAAAUGGAACUUGCUGCUAAAGGAGUGAAAAAUCUAAAUUUUUAUGAUGUUGUUCUGGAUUUUAUAUUAAUGGAUUCCUUUGAAGAUUUAGAAAACCCACCCGCGUCCAUACAGAAUGUAGUAAAUAAUCGCUGGCUAAACUCAUCCUUCAAAGAAACUGCUGUGACUUCAAGUUGUUGGUCGGUGCUGAAACAGAAAAGGCAGCAGAUGAAGAUCCCAGAUGGAUUUUUUGCCCAUUUCUAUGCCAUUUGUGAGCACAUCAGCCCUGUCCUAGCCUGGGGCUUUUUGGGUCCUAGAAAUUCUCUCUAUGAUUUAUGUUGCUUCUUUAAGAAUCAGGUUCUUUUCUUUCUCAAAGACAUUUUUGACUUCGAGAAAGUACGCUAUUCCAGUAUAGAGACUUUGGCCGAAGACCUCAUGCAGUUACUUAUUGGCCGCACUGAACUUCUAAUGGCCUACCUUGGAGCCGAUGCGCUGAGGCAUACAAGUAGUUGUAUAAGUAAUCAUGGUCACGUUAUGUCCAGUAGCCUGGUGGAAGCCAAAGUGCAAUGAGUACCACCAAAUCAGACAAUUUGAGUGUGCUAUGAAAUAUUUUAAGAUAACUAUUGAUUCUGUAACAUAUAUUACACAGAAUUGGUGGAUAUGGACUCAGGGAGGGAAAGAAAUCUAGUCAAGAGUGAGUGACUGUACUGUACUUACACACAAGUUCUGUCAUUGAACCCCCGUGUAGUGUAUCCAAAGCAGCUUUUCACAGUCUUUAGGUAAUAAUUUAUCUCAUGAACUGUUGCAUAUCUUACAGAGCAUAUUUUGCUUGACUUGAUGCCGGUACUUGGGAGUUGAUUGAUAUGUCGUCUUGAAGUUGUCUGAAAUGUCCAGUAUCAUUCUCAAAAGCUCUGUUUUUAUGCUUUGCACCUUGAAAUCACACACUUUAGCUAAGAGCUGUGUGGCCUAUACAUACAAGAAUAUAUUACUCCUAGUGUUCACAAACUUAAGUUUGCCUGAAAAUGUAUUUUCAGUUGUAAGGUUGUUCCUUUGUUUAAUCAAGUUUAGACAGUAGUGGUGUUUACUAUGUACUGCUUACACUAUUGCUUGUGCAUUUGCUUAUGUAUUUGAAUCAAAGAAAUUGUAAUGGCUGACUAUCAUUACAAAACAUUUAAAUGAAUUGACACUGAGAAAUUUAUGUUACAAGUUUAUAUUAGAUUUUCUGCAGUUUCCAAAAUAUAUUAAUGUUGGUCCUAUAGGUUACAAUAGACUAAAAACAUUUCUUUUAUCCUUUUAUAGAUUAGAGCAUUUUUCUCUUAAAUGAAUAUUGUUAAAAAUAUAGCAUUUAUUAAUUAUGAUAGGCAAUUAAAAUGUUUCCUGUGCAGUGUCGAGACUAUCUCCCAACAUCUGAAGUUAUUAAUCUUGAUACAGUAAAGUCAUUUCUCCUUUCUCCUUCUGUAAAACUGGCUUUUAGUUCUUCUAAAAUGUGCACGGAGAACUUAGCACAUUUUGUCAUAUUAUCUCCACAUUUUAAAAAUAUACAUACUUUGAACCUUAGUGAGGUUUUAAAAAAGGCCCCCCCUCCCCGUGGAUAUAGAACAAAAUAUUUUAAUGGUAUGGAAGUAUAUUUCAUGUCCUUUAUGAUAAAUGUAUGAACAAAUGGGUUGUUCAUAUAAAUAAGAUUCUUUAGAGUAUAUUAGAUACUUUUAGAGUUGUAUUAAUUUUGUGUCUAAAUCACAUACCACUUAUUUGGAGUGGCUGACUUAGUAUAUCAGUGGAUUAGAUUUGCUGAUUUUGCUUUUAAAGUGGGCUUUAUUUGUUUUGGGAGUGAGUUACCCAGAAGGAUUUAAAUAUAUUUUUUUAGAAUGCAUUUUUAGAUUAAAGUGCCUAGUUUCUGAUUAAUGAAUAGAAAAUGAAAAGUGGGGGGAUGGGGAGUAUAAACUUUUAAGGUUUUAAAUUUAUGUAUGUGCCAUGUUUAGGUAACAGUAGUUACAAAAUAUGAGAUCCAGCAUCUUCAUUCUGUUUGCAUGUACUGUGUUCCAUAAUGUACAGGUUAUAACAUUAAACAAUACAAAAUAUUGCUCUCAUAAUUUUUGAGUAUAUAUCUCUUUGACUUUUCUUACAUAUAUUUGUAAUUUAAGAAUUGGCUACUUAUAAUUCUUAUUAUUGAGGCAGGAGUAUCAAUAGAAGUAUCAAAGCUAAACAUUCCAUUAUGUAAUGUUUUAUUUUUAAACUUAUAUCUUGUAUUUUUAUCUUGUUGAGGUACCACUAGCCUGGAAUGAUUCACACACAUACACACAUAGGUGCACGCACACAUUCUCAUUAGCAUGUAGGCUAGGCAGUUACUGCUUAUAUUAAGUUUCCUGUUUUGGGGGCUGAAUGUUUUAAGCUGUGGUUUUAUAAACAAAGCUAUAAGUAAACUUGAUUACUCUUUUAUUUGAGGAAGAUAUUGUCUGAAAUCUAUUUUGAAGAAUUGCACUAUUUAAUAAUGCUGCUACUACGUAAGGUAACUGAGGAAUUUAUUUCAUCAGGUAAUAUGAAUGGCUUUCAAGAAGGUUUUUUUCUCUCUCUUUUAUAUUUCACCUUUAACAAAAAGCUGCCCAUAUUCAAGAGAUUGGUUUGUCUAAUUAAGGGCUUGAGUUUGAUUAGUGUUUGGUCAGUUCAGUAGCUACUACUUGAGUACGAUGCUUUCUUUGUGGCCUUUAACAAAAGAGUCAAGAGCGACCAAACAGAAUUUCAGGGUAAUAAGUAUAGGGGAAAAACCUGUAUUGUAAGAGAAGAAACUUGACCUUUUAAAAGAAACAUCUCAAAGAUGUUUUUGACCACAGAAGAGUACUUAAGACAUAAUGUACCAAUUUCAGUUUGCCUUGACAUUGGGUUAAAGAGUUAAAGUAAUAUUUUUAAAAAUGAAGAUGACUUAAACUAGUUUGAAACCUUUUAGGAUGAAUCCUGUGGUAGUGUUAUCAGAAAAUUGCCACUGCCACAUGAGCCCUACUACCCACUACCCCAUGUAAAUUAUAAGAGGACCUUGAAUUUUCCUAAGAAAAUGAAUUCUUUUCCCUUCUCUUUUCUGGAAGAAAAAUGAUGUGUUCAGGUGACUUAUACUUUUUUUUUUAUAUUUUGGUUUCUACAUUUUUGUUAAACUAAAAGGCUGGUUAUUUUUUCUCUAAGACUUACAAUAUGUUUAUUAAAUGUCAAAAUGAGAUCUUUUUAGAAAGAAGAUGUUUUUCAUACUGUUAUAGUCAGCUACAAAGAACUUUCUCUUGUAAAGUGAUAUUCUUUAUUUGCACCCAUUUACUAUGAUUAGAAUAAUUUGUUGAAUUAACUGACUUGAUAAAAAAAACACUUACAAACUUUUUCUUGCCUUAAGAUGUAACAUUUUCUACUUAAAUGCUUACCGAAGGAAUGAUUAUUUGCAUUAUAAAAGAAAACUAUCUUUCCUUUAAACAAAUGAAAUAGGAAUGCCAAAGUAACAUUUAAUAUACUUCUCUGUGAUCUUUCAUAAUUGGAAAUUUUAAAUUAUGUUCAUAACACAAUUUGCUUUUAUUGUAAUAUGAACACAUUAGGAAAUUAUUUGGAUUAUACAUUUCAAAGUGAUUAUAUGAGUUAGGCUGAAUUCAAAUUAUUGGUUAUUUGCUUGGAUUAAUCAAAUUUAGAAAUUUCUCUGUAUGUGAGAUGUAGGAAUUUGUAUAAUCUGUGAUUAACAGAAAUAAGGGUAUCUUUUUUUUGUUCCUAAUGAUUGUGUUAUUGUUUUGCUUAGUUUGAGAACAACCUUGUAUUAGCUUUACUUGGCUAAUAUCAGUAAAUGUGUCUAUUUGCUAAAUGUAAGGACUGCAGUGACUAAUUUAUGUAGAAGUGAAACACUACAGUAGCAGAAAAAAAUAGCACUGGAUCUUUAGCCAAAAUAAGCACUAUAACGUGGAUGUAUUUCUACUAUUGCCAAAUAAAAAAUGAUGGUAUAUCUU